AUGGGAGUGCCAGUUGGAGAUCCUAGUCUUGGUGGGACAGAUUGGGCAGCAUGUGGUGGCUCGGUGGUUGAUUUAGGGAGACCAUGGGUGAUGGCCACCGAUUCUAAGGUUGAUCACCUGUCGUUCGGCACCAUGCUGGGUUGGGUGGAGACCGAGUAUGACUCUCGCAGUGUCGCCUUUGCCGAUUCCUUGGUCGCCGACACGUAA